AUGGAAACAAUUUCUAGUCCACACUGGACAACAGUUUUUGCUUUCUUUUUCUUCACGUUUUUCCUCGUCUGCCAGGUAUUGGCCUCAAUCUUCACGGUGCUCGCUCACAAAAGAAGUCUUGCUCAUUAUCUCAUACCACGAUUGAUUCUUUGCGCAGGUCUUUUCAUUUGCUCGACAAUCGCUUUCAUCGUUAUGCUGAUCUAUUUCAUGGGUGGAGAACAUAAGAUGAACGAAGCUGUUUUCAAGUUACAUGACGUA